GCGUUGGAUAUCGCCAAUCGGUGGCUCAGCAUCUUCUCGACCGGUGGCGUUUCCGGCAAGGAGGAGGUCGCCACGAUCGUCUCUCAAGAUCUCGUCAGCGCCGAUGGAACCUUUGGUCCGCCUACCUACGGAAUCGACGCCUUCUGGGAAGCCAUCGAGACACCGUCCAACACUACGACAAACGUGACGCAGGCUACGACCUUUUUUAUCCACACAUGUGACCAGAUCGCUCUCAACUGGCAGUAUGAUGCCGUGACAACCGGCUACAACUCGACGGUUCCUGUAGGGACGCCUGUUUCGUUCACCGGCAACGAUAUUCUCAAGGUUGACUUAGAGACAAGACUGGUUUCCAACGCUACUUCAUGUGGCCAAUGGAUUCUUUUCGCUCAACGGCUAGGAGGAAGAAGCUGUACAGUUUAG